AUGGUAUAUCCCGCAAAGCGUUAAAAAGAAGGGGCGAGGCGCAGAAGAGGACUUUCAGAUUCCUUCAGGGAGGAGAAGAAGAAGAGGCUGAAGGGGCUGUUUUUCCUCUGGCGUGAGGAUAAAAGGUGUCAGGAAUGGGCGAUGGAAGCGGUUAAUUCCUAGGCAGGGAACCAGAGGAGUAGUCAAAUGUGGACAGUAUUCAUAUGACCAAAGAUGGCAUCCUAUUUAGCACAAGAAGUUCAGCUUGCUAAAAGACAUGAAGAAAUACUGUCUCAGAGAUCAGUGUUGCUUCAGCAGAUGGAGAAUCAUCUAGGAGACAGAGAGGCUGAGAAGACAUGGCAAAUGCAAGAAGCUGAUUCUGCUCAUAAAAGAAAUGUAGUACUUUUAAAUGAUAUAGAAGCAGCAGGAAAAAAACUACAAGCAAGAGAGCACUUACUUCCACACCCUAAUACUGUUAAUCUUGAGACUCUUUACUGGGCGAAAAUAGAAGAAUCCAUUCCCAAGUGGGAGCCGUUUUUUCUAGGAAGAACUCAAGCUCCUGUUGGUGUUAGAAAAGUCAAGCAACAAAGCAGAACAUAAGACCCCCCAAAAGGAUUGGCUCCAGGAUAAACAGGGAACAAAAACCUUAGUUCAUUGUUAGGGAUGUAUUGAAGCUUCCAAACACUGGAACAUUAAGUUGCAAUGUAAUAAUGCUUUUAUGUAAGCACCAUCAGUUUUAAAUCUAAAUGAAGAAUUCUUCAUAAAGACAAGUGUUUAGAGGCAAUGAAUCAGAGUAUCAUGUUACAACUGGGGAGAUCCAGGUUCAAAUCCUCACCCACAUACAAGUUUUCUAGGUGACCCUGGACCAGUCACACAUUCAGUACUUCACAUGGUCAUUGUGAGGAUAAAAGAAAGAAAGGGAGAACUGUGUAUGUCAUCCUGAGCUCCUUGGAGCAAGGCUGGUAGAUGGCCUCUACGAGAAAAUAUCAAACACGGAUGGCACACUGCAAUAUAGAAACUGACCUGUUAAACUGAAUGUUCCAAAUAAGAAGGAAUGCUAUGUAUUUCUCAUCCUUCUCUCACAGAGGAAUGUCUUUUGCCAAUACAAGUGGAAUCAGAUUUAUCUGCCUGGUUGUUUGCAUCAUGAAAAGAAUUGCCUUGGUGCGUAUAUCAUUUAUACCACAUUCAGGAGCUGAAUGAAGCCGGAAGCUGAAUGACAUAGCUGAACUAGAAAAGCAUUGUAUUUGCACGUUCCCUUGUAAGUUGACCAUGACCCCUCUUUCCCAGUCAUUUAUAUAAUAAUAGAGUUAUGAUUAUAAUUAAAGGGUCAAGAUCUGUACUCCAUUUACACUUAAUCUCGAUACAGACUUUUGUACUGUGAAGCAAACAUCUUGGAAUCACAAGUGGUAGCAGGUGGGAGUUGUGGAGGUUGUCAGAGUUAAGGUGCAAAGGAAGGAAUGGGUUUCAUUUUCAUAGUAGAUUAGAGGCUUAAUAGGUUGUUAUGCUGUUGAACAAUGGAAUCAUAUGCAUGGCCAAAUGACACUGCUGUUGACUCAGUUGCACCAGUGGUACUUCAGAGGUUUUACAUGUACGUUUGAAGAAUAGUAAAUUAGGACAGGGACUUAUAACUCUGCCUGGGGUAUAGUGACCUUCACCCACUGCAGACAUACUCCAAUACUGUCAGUGGCAUGGCAUCAGUAGUAAUUCAGCUGUGUUCAUUUGUUAUGUGGUGCUGUUCUUUUAACACCAGUAGCAUGUGAACAUGCUGUGCUCUCUUGUACUGCUGUAAUAGCUAUGAUUUGUUGCAAGACAGCUCAGGUUUUAUCUCAUCUAAAGAAGAGGUAAAAUAAAAAUGC